CAGGAAAUGAAAGCUAGGCAGGCUAUAUAAACCCGGUCAUCAACUCUUAUACACUACAAUCAAAUCAUGGGGCUGUUAACUUUUGCUUUAGCUGGUGCUGGAGCAGCUGGAGCUGUCGUCGCUGCUCCUGUUGUUCUGGCCGCUGUAGGGUUCACCUCCGCCGGGAUCGUUGCAGGUUCCUAUGCUGCCGGCAUGAUGUCAGCAGCGGCAGUGGCUAACGGGGGAGCAGUGGCAGCCGGAACUACAGUGGCUGUUUUGCAGGCAGCAGGUGCAGCCGGUCUGCCAGCAGUUGCCUCUGCAGGUGCGGCUGGCGUCGGAGCAACCGUUGCAUGGGUAACUGCAGCCCUCGUCUGAGAAAUCAUGAAGGAACAGGAUGAAUAUGUGUACUUUGCCAAAUGAAGGAGGAAACUACAAUUGACAGCACUUUCACUUGCUAAACAGCACUUGUGUCAUCUCAUACAAAAUGUUUUGUUCAAUAAAUCGGUAUUCUAUUAAACAUAC